AUGCCUGGGGCCACAGUGAAGGACGAUGGCCUGAAGCGCAAGCGAAAAGACGCCAAGAAUGAUGUGAAAAAGCGAGCCCGAACGGAUGAGAGCAGCGAUGAGGAAGAUGUCCAGUCUCAAAUUCUCUUAAUGGAAGCCGGAAUCGUGGAAUCCAAGAAGAAUUACAACGACAUCGUGAAACUCAUUGGCCUUGUAAAAGACUACGAGGAAGAAACGGAAUCGACAGUUUUCGCGGCAGUUGCGUUAUGUCGAAUAUUCAUCAGAUUGUUGGCAGCGGGAAGUCUUACGCACCAGAGGAAUGCGUCUGAUAAGGAAGUCGUGGUGGUCCAGUGGCUAAAGGAUCGCCUAUCGGAGUACAAGGAUGUCCUUGUAUUGUUGGUCUCUCAGGAGGACCUGGCCUCGACGGCGCUGACUUUGGCGAUGAAGUUGUUGAAGGCUGAGGGAGAACAACUGAAUUUCAAAAAGGAAUUUUAUGUCUUCCCGAAGGAGUUCCUAGAGCAGAUCAUUUUAGGUCUUGUCAGGUCAAAGAGUUCUGAAGGACGCGAUGAAUAUGUGGAAAAGUAUGUGGACGAAUAUGACGAUGUCCGUUUCUUCACACACCAAGCUAUAAAGAACAUACUCUCAAGCCGGUCUGAUGAGAUACCGGACUCUGAGUGGUUUGACCUUGUCUUCGAUCUUCUUGUUGCCAUUGAUGGCGUCCCGGACUCCAACGGCGAGCUUGAGGACUUUUACAUGCCUGCUCCCAAGAAGAAGGCCCAUAAUCUGUACUCCCUCGCACAACACAAGAAGCAAGCACAAGACGCCUGGCUCGCGCUUAUGGCACUGAGCAUAAGCCGGGAGCAGCAAAAGAGAAUCCUGGGCUCGCUGGUGUCGGUAAUUGCACCAUGGUUCGCCAAGCCGGAGCUCCUCUCCGACUUCCUGACAGACUGCUACAAUGCUGGUGGAUCGCUCUCACUCCUUGCACUAUCCGGUGUUUUCUAUCUCAUCGAGAACCGAAACCUCGACUACCCCUCCUUCUAUCCUAAGCUUUACUCCCUCCUGGACAAGGACAUCCUCCAUUCCAAGCACCGAUCUCGAUUCUUCCGCCUCCUCGACACCUUCCUCGCCUCGAGCCAUCUCCCCGCGGCCCUAGUGGCAAGCUUCAUCAAGAGGUUAUCGAGGCUGGCGCUGUACGCGCCGCCGAGCGCCGUCGUUUUCGUCGUGCCCUGGAUCUACAACCUCUUCAAGCGCCAUCCGGCCUGCACCUUCAUGAUGCACAGGGAAAUAAGGGAUCCGGAGUUGAAAGAAAGCAUAGAGAGCGAAGGCUUCAAAGAUCCAUUCCUACCGGAUGAAACGGACCCGAUGGAGACCAAAGCCAUUGAGAGUUGCGUGUGGGAACUCGUGCAGCUGCAGGCGCACUAUCACCCGAAUGUAGCGACGAUAGCGAAGAUUAUUUCGGAGCAGUUUACGAAGCAGUCUUACAAUAUCGAGGACUUUUUGGAUCACUCAUACGGAAGUCUUCUCGAUUCAGAAAUGUCAAAAGACGUCAAAAAGGCGCCUGUAGUGGAAUUUCAGAUACCUAAGAGGAUAUUCUUGUCUCAGGACGAAGGGUCGGGGGUUGCUGAUAGCCUGCUCGUCAAGCUUUGGAACUUUUCUUGA